GCUUCAGCACCAUGCAUGCUGUGAUGUAACGGGUCCGCAUGGUGGUCCAGUGUGUCCAGAACCGACCGAGCACCGUCUCUAUUUAGUAGUAGAAGAUAUCCACGCGUGAGGCACUCGGCCCCUAUUCCUACUACCAAUUCCAAACGCCAUGACACGCGGACUCUCGGGCGGUUUCCCCUCCUAUCCGAUAUAUGAGCCCCAGAGGCGACUGCGGGUGCUGGUCAUUGGUGCUGGUGCUUCAGGCCUCCUGCUAGCCUAUAAACUACAGCGGCAUUUUGACCAAUUGGACUUGCUCGUCUUUGAGAAGAACCCAGCAGUCGCGGGGACAUGGUUUGAAAACACGUACCCAGGAUGUGCCUGCGACGUCCCGUCUCACUGUUACACAUGGUCCUUUGAGCCGAACCCACGAUGGUCAGCUACAUAUGCCGGCUCACAGGAAAUUCGCCAGUAUUUUACCCACUUUUGCGAUCGCCAUGGCUUAUCCAAGUAUAUUCGUCUGCAGCACGAAGUAACCCGAGCAGAGUGGCAAGCUGAUAAAUCCCAAUGGGCGGUGGAUGUACGAGAUCUCCAGAGGGGCGAGGACGCGCAGCACACAGCCGACAUCGUUGUUGAUGCUACCGGCAUCUUGAAUCGACCCAGAUGGCCGGCGAUCGAAGGCUUGUCUUCAUUCAAAGGUGCAGUCGUACAUACUGCUGUAUGGGACCAUUCCGUUCGGUUGAAAGACAAAACCGUGGCAGUCAUUGGGAACGGGUCAUCAGGUAUUCAAGUGUUACCGGCCAUUCUUCCCUCUGUCCACAAGAUAGUCCACUUCAUUCGACAGCCGGCAUGGAUUUCCCCUCCGGUCGAGGACGGGUACCGUCAAUACAGCCAAAGCGAGAUCGAUCGGUUCGUGUCUGAUCCGGCGGCGCUCCUGGCCGAGAGGCGCCGCAUUGAACAGCGUAUGAACAGCGCCUUCCCCAUGUUCAUCCAUGGAUCCGAUCAUCAGAAAUAUUUCCAGCAUGCAGUUCGGACCGCCAUGGAGCAGCAGCUUGUCGGUCACGAGCAGCUACAGGAUACACUCAUCCCAAAUUUCCCCUUUGGCUGUCGGCGUCCGACACCUGGCCCUGGAUACUUACAGGCGCUAACAGAUCCCAAAGUGCAGGUCAUUUCAGGGGCGGCGAUUUCCCAGGUGACCGAAGAUAGCAUGAUCCUCGAUGACGGGCGUUCGUAUGAGGUCGAUGCCAUCGUCUGUGCAACGGGAUUUAACACCUCGUACGUUCCUCGCUUUCCCGUCGUCGGUCAAAAAGGCCAGAAACUCUGGGAGGAUGGCGAGGUCUCCGGAUAUUUAGGUCUGGCCGUGCCGGGGUUUCCUAACUACUUCAACAUUUUGGGGCCCAACUGCCCUGUGGGGAACGGGCCGGUGCUGAUCGUGAUUGAGCAACAAGUUUCAUACAUCAUCCAGAUGUUGGCCAAGCUACAGAAGGAAAACCGGCGGGCCUGUGAGGUCAGUGAAGAGGCGACCAGGACCUUCAAUGCCUGGAAGGACUCUUUUAUGCAGCACACGGUGUGGACGAGUGGCUGCCGGAGUUGGUAUCAUGGAGGCGGCCGAUCGGACCGGGUAGUGGCCCUAUGGCCCGGCUCGACCUUGCACUACCUGGAGGCGACGCAGCAGCCGCGCUACGAAGACUGGAUCUGGACGGCGGAUGCAGACUCCAACCCCUGGGCUUUCUUGGGCAACGGAUCGAGCUCGGCAGAAGCGCGACCAGGCGGAGACCUCAGCUGGUACUUGCGGACGGAGGAUGACGAGCCAGUCGACCCAUGUUUGACCCAAAAGCGCAUGAAUCCAGUAAUGGAUUAG